AUGCCCGAGGACAACCCCUCUACUCAGACCGGCAAGUCUGAAUCCAGCCUGCCAAAGUCCGUUGGCGACGCCGCAAAGGACGUACAAGGCUUCGCUGCCCACAAGGCUCACCCAGGCCCCGCCGUUCCCCAGAGCAUGCCCGGACAGGAGGGAUCUAAGGAGGAGCGACAGGCGAAGGCAAAGGAGUUGAACAAAUAG